AUGGCCGCUGGCACCCACAAGGGGAAGACCAAGGGUUUCAAAGGCAGGGAUAAAGGCAAGGGCAAGGGAAAGCACAUUUUCCGAACACAGCUCAGUGUACAGGAUCGAGUCAAGCGUUUGGCAGAGCUGAAAGCUCGUUCCAAAUGCCUCCGAUGCGGAAGUACGGGACACUGGGCAGGUGACCCCAUUUGCAAAUUCCCUAGCCAGGGGAAGAAGCCACCUGUCAAGCCCCAGGCAUCCAAGCCUGGCGUAGGGUACAUGGCAAUUAGUGAUGAGGAGUCAGCUGCAGGUGAGUAUGGUGUUCUGCAUGUGCGUUCACGUCAGGAGAAAGGAGACUCCGCAUUCAUGGCUUACAGGACCCCAACAUCCAGAUGUUCUGCAAAGGUACCGCCUUCAGCAGGUGGAUCAGCCGACUCAGGUGAUUUCAGCAUGGUCAGUGACACCCGCAAGGACAGAGCACGUCGGACCCGUGUUCCAGCCUCUGCACAGGGAAAUGAAAGCUUGCCUGCUGGGUCAGACAACAAGUUCACGUUUGGCCAACAUGUUGGGUUGUCUUACCAUGAGGUUUUGCGCAAGUACCCUGGUUAUUGCCUAUGGGGAAAACAGCAGAAGUCACCUAGCAAGGGUUUGGCAGACUUUUUGGAUUGGGCCACUGACAACUAUGAGAUUGACGGUGAAUCCCAUGAAGUCAUUCCACGCAUUGGAAGUCUGGGGAGCAAUGCCUACAUUCAGGUCAGGACGUGCCUGGACUGUGGACACCAGACUAGGACAAAGUGCGUGCAAGUUUUCACUGAACGGCCUGAAACAUGCAGACAUCAGGACUUGGACAAACGUGGAAUUAGCAAGUUCACUGCGCGGCUCUUUUGCAAGCAAUGUGGUACGUUUGUGGAUGAAUUGCCCCAAGCAGAAGCUAGGAGGAGACGUCAGUUGGGACAAGACAUUGCCACACUUCCCUCAAGUGCAAUUGACACCACUGAAAGGGUGAUCACAGCUGAAAAGGACGAUGUUUGUUUGGACCAAGAGGGAGCAUACCACAUGAUGACCAUUUUCCAGCAAGAUCUUGACCUGGAGCUGCGGUCAGGAGAACCUGUGCGCGCCGCCGUUGUCUAUGAGACCCUUGCAAAUGCCAUUGAGGCUGUCCGAGAGGCAGACCCCGAGCACUGCUUUAUGGCAGUAGCAUUGUCACCCAUGGAUGACCAGAUUGUUGGGCCUGCUUUGCGUGUGGUUGACAUUUGGAAUGAUGAAGGUGUUUGGGCAGUGUUGGAUGAAGGUUGCAACUCAACUGCUGGCGGUUCAGAAUGGACGGAACGUGCUGUUGAGGCAUAUGCUGCCGUAGGGUAUGAUGUUGUGAAGGUUUCUGAUGAGACCACGCCUUUCAAGGGUCUGUCAGGAGUCACAAACACCCAUGGCAGUUACCGCAUCCCUUUUGCUCUCACUUUUGUCAACAACAAUCAGAAGUUGCCUGGUAUCAUGGAAAUUCAUGUCAUUGAUGGCAAGAUACCAUUGUUGUUGUCACAAUGA